AAUUCACUUUUUACGACGACGCCUGCGACUUUAGUUGUUAGCUUAACGUUCAACCGACCGGUCGUCGUCGUCGUCCUAUUGCCGCGUCUGCUCUGUCUCCCGCGAGAAGAGAGCUUAGUCGAGCCUGCAUGUGCUGCUGACUGUAUUAGAUCACACUGCAUUUUUACUUUUUCUUCUCAAGUGCAACUGUUAGAGUGAAUGGAUCAUUCGAUCCUAGUACAGAUGUGAAGAAUCGCCACAGGGAAAAGAGCCAUACGAGCCAAAACAAACCAUCGAAGGUAAAUCGUGCAUACUGCACAGUUGGACUCGUUCAAGUCUUUUACCUGCAAGCACUUUGUAUCUUGACCUCGCAAGCCACUGCAUCUUUCGUGACAUAAGCGACUCCAGUGAAAGGGCAGAUGUGUUCAACCUAACCGACUCUUCGUUACCAUCAUAGCACAGAAUGGACAUUUCCCAAACCUCGUCACCGACGGGGACGACAUCCCCAUCGCGCCGUAGUAGCAUACCGAUUCCGAAGCGCAAGAGUUCCCUUCACCUCUACAUAUCCAACAGCAUGGUAGGGCCCUCGAAUUCCUCUUCGCCUUCGUCCGCAUCAUCAAUCCAUGGCGAGGACCAAGUGAAUGAAUUUGGUGGCGGCACAAACAGCAGAGCUGAUUCACCGUUUCGUUCGCACUCGGCGUCAUCGUCCAGAUCUGCCACUGCUAUGAGUAUGCAUAGCUCGCUCCAUGUGCCUCGAGGGCAAGCAGCAACAGCAACCGCUGCAGAGAUUAAUACCAAUGACUAUCUACAGCUGCGCGAGAAUCACAAUCGGCUGAUCAACAAGUGUGAAGAAAUAACGCAAUUGAAUCAAAAUCUCGAAAGCACAAAUCAUCUACUGAAGAAAAGCAUUCAAGCCCUACAAUCGGAAAUCGCCACCCUACGGAAAGAGCGGAACGAGAAAACCAAGAAGCUUAAGAAAAAACUAUCGGAAAUUGUCCCUUCCGGCGAGGGUAUCAGCAGUGAUGAUGAAGCAUCGCAAAAAUCCUCGAAAGCAGAUAACAAAUCUAUCGAUGAAAAUAAAUCGAGCCGUUCAGCAGGUCGUAUGUCCAAGGAAGGUGAAAUGGACGGUGCGCUUAACGAGUUAGAAAAGCUCAAAUCCUACGUGAACAAUGUUGAACUGCAGCUGUAUGAAGCGAACGAAAAGAUUUCCGAGUUACAAGAAAGUAAGCAACAAUCUGAGGAGACAAUCACCAAGUUGCGUGCCGAAAAAGACGAGUUUAGUAAAAUCGCACGACUCAUGACAGUCAACAUGCAGGAAUCGAUUGAUGCCAGUCACCGGCUGGAGUCUACCUACAUUCAAGUUCGAAGAGAACGUGAUAAUCUUGUACGCAUGAAUCGAGACUCGGUAGAUUCGAAGACUGGUCCACAUGAGGAAAUCCAGAAGAUGCGAUCUGAGAUGGAAUUGAAACGGAAAACAUUCGAGGCACAGUUCAUCGAAUACAAAGCACAAAUGGAGCAGGAGCUUGCACGCAAUACCAAUGAGCAAAUAGUAACGCUACAGCUGGAAUUGGACCAACUAAAGCAGGAUCUCAAUGAAGCGCUUGACCGUGCCGAACGGGCCGAGGAGGAGGUACGCGAACUGCGGCAACAGCUUCGUAUCAGUCAGCUGCCGGAGAGUCAAUUCUACUCCCAACUAGAUCUGGACAAGUUGAGUCUCCGAGGCGAUGGCGACAACGAAUCACUACUGUCCUACGUCAGUGGGUCAGUGGUCAGCGCAGCAGUACCGCCUCCUCCUCCUCCCCCUCCACCACCUCCACCGCCACCGGUUCCUCCACCUCUUCCACCAUCGGCAUCGAUUAUGGCUGCUGCCACACAGGGGUCCGGUUCACUGGGAUUGAGUGAAGCAAUCUCGACGCAAAAAUUAAAUCACGUCGGCAUAAACCAUGUAAAUAGCAGACAACAAGCAACAGGUCUAGAUUCCGUGAUAGCCGACAUCAAAAGUGGUCGCGUGACAUUACGCCGUCGCAAACAAAAUGUGUAUAAAGACCUGGAAAGCAAUCAGGAUACCGGUGGAAGCGGUUCCACACCCAACAUCACCUCCAACAGCAGCGGCAACACCAGUCGACGUAGCCAGCAGACCUACAGCCAAAUGGCAAAUCAAAACCCUGCGCUUCGAGAAAUGUAUGAAAUUCUCGAACGGAUGAAGCGACGAAAUCGUCAGUCGAAAGUGUUGGUUGAGUUGAAUUUAGUUCCAUUCGAGGAUUCCGAUCAGAAAGAAUCUGCCAGUGAAGAUGGUCUAGUGAAAACCAAUAUGGGCAGUGAUGAAGACAGAACUGACACUACUGAUGGCAGUAGAAGAUGGCAAGCGCGAACCGUGGUUACCGGUGUUGUAGAUCUUUAAAUUAGUUAACAAACCACUUAUACGACAACGUGAUUCAACCUAACAUUGCAUUUGUUUUAAUUAAUAAGAAGAAGUAAUUUAAAUGCGUUCAGUUAGUUAAUUCUGUUCUACUUAGUAACAUUUCAUAAAACAUCAAAAAUAGGUUAUAAAUAUUUGUUUUAAUAAAAAAAAUGAAUUUUUUAAA